GAAAAAAACAAAGUAAAUUUCCCUUCUCUGGAUAGCCUGAACAAAUUUAAUUCAGUCUCUAUAAUCACACAAUCUCUAAUCUUUGUCGUCAGCGCAAACGUCACAGCUAGCGGAUCUGUAAUCUCCUUCUUUUGAGGGAAAUUAGCGGAGCUGUUAGCAGCCUGUGACCAUUUAUAAGAGCAACACAGCUAUCAUAUUUUUAUCUGCCACCCUCAGUGCUGCGAUUCCUUAAAGAAGCGAUUUUUAAUCCCUUAGACGCCUAUCGCUGUUAAUCAGCAACGUCGGUAAUGGCUAACAACCACCAUCAUGGGCAAGGACAUCAUUUCCUAUUGGUGACCAUUGCCGCCCAAGGUCAGAUCAAUCCCGCCCGGCACCUCGCACGCCGCCUGGCCCGAAUCGCUGGAGCCCGUGUCACCCUCGCCACUCCUCUCUCCUCCCACCGCCACCUAUUUCCCGAAUCCCUCGCCGCUGCCGGUGAGCCCGAUAAGUCGGCAGAGGAGGCGCCUCUCAAUCCCGACGGCUCUGGAAUCGUUGCCUACGCGCCUUACUCCGACGGAUUUGAUGAAGGCGCCCACAUGGACAACGUCGAAGCUGACGUUUUGAUGGGAAGGCUCAAGUCAGUUGGCUCCCGGACCCUCGCGGCCCUGGUCAGAAACUUCGCUGAGCAGGGCUACCAAAUCACCUGCGUAUUGCACACCAUCUUGCUCACUUGGGCUGCUGACGUCGCACGUGAUCUCGGCAUCCCUGCCAUCCACUAUUGGAUCCAACCUGCCUCGGUCUUCGCCAUCUACUACCGCUACUUUCAAGACCACCAAGGUUUCGCUUCCGCCAUCGCAGAAGAAAAAGAAGCAUCUUUCUCCAUAGAACUACCCGGGCUGCCUACUCUACGGAUGAAGGAUUUACCCUCUAUCAUGUCCAAGCCCAACCCCUUCCUCUCUGCCCACGAGGAGAUAUUCAAAGACCUCGCUAAGUAUGAGAAGCCUAAGGUUUUGGUGAACACGUUCUAUGAACUAGAAGCAUCAGUGAUAGACGAGACGCCGGAGUUUGAACUGAUCACAAUUGGGCCAGUAGUGGACAAGAGCUUCGUGCCGGCAACGACAGGAAGCAAGGACCUAUUCAAGGAGGACGCGGGUGGUUACAUGGAGUGGUUGGACGCACAGGAGGAACGGUCGGUGGUGUACGUGGCUUUCGGCAGCUUGACGCGGCUAACGGUGCGGCAAGUGGAGGAACUAGAUCGGGGGCUGAAAGAGAGCGGGCGGCCAUACCUAUGGGUGCUGAGAAAGGACAGCAGACCAGAAGGGGUUGGGGUGGAGAGGAUUUGGGAGGAAGGGAGUGGGAAAGGGAAGGUAGUGGAGUGGUGCUCGCAGGUUAAGGUAUUGGGUCACAAGGCGGUGGGGUGCUUUGUAACGCACGGUGGGUGGAACUCUACCUCUGAGGCGUUGGUGAGCGGCGUGCCGAUGGUGAUGCUGCCGCAGUGGAUCGAGCAGGCGACAAAUGCGAGGUUGGUGGAAGCGGCGUGGGGGAUUGGGCUGAGGGUGGAAGCGGGGGAGGAUAAGGUCGUGGAGGCGGGGGAGCUGAGCCGUGGUUUGGAUGUGGUGAUGGGGGAGGGUGAGAGGGCAAAGGAGAUUAGGAGGAAGGCUGAGGAGUGGAAGGAGAAAGCCAGGGCGGCGCUAGCGGUGGGCGGGUCAUCCUCCAAGAACCUCAAGGCGUUUGUGCAUGGACUUUAAGCUUAAAUUAUAUAGUAUAAUAUGUCAAUAAUUUUAGCCGAUUGAAAUAAGAAAUGUCAUAAUGGAUGAUAUGUUCUA